GGGACUGAUGAACAUCUUAUCAUACUCUUUUCAUAUAUCGUGCAGAUCAAGUAAGACAUUAUAUCACAAAUAUGUUUUCCAGUUUUCAAAGCCCUCCUUUUGUCCUCCUUAUUAAUUUUAAAAUAACUUAGUACUAUUUUUAUUCAUAGAUAUAUAAAGAAGAACUUGUAACUCUUCAAUGGCCCCAAGGCAGAAAAUGUCAAGUACAAAUCUUCAUCCUUUACCCUAUUCUUCACCUAAACUCCGGCCACUUUUUGCCGUGGUUGUGAAUGAAACCACCAUUGUACAACAUAAACUGAGGAUCCCAAAAAAAUGUGUUAUGUUAUUUGGUGAAGAGCUUGGUGAGAUGGGUACUCUCACUGUUCCUCAUGGCAAUGGUAAUCGAGCAUGGAAAGUAAGAAUGGUGAAAAAUGGAAAGAAUAAGAAGAACAAUAUUUGGUUGAAAGAUGGUAUGGAGGAAUUUAUCAACUACUAUUCCAUUCACUUACACUCCAUUUUGCUACUCACUUAUCAAGGAAACUCAAUGUUUUCUGUUCGCAUAUGUGAUGCUUUGGGUUCCGAGAUUGAUUAUCCAUUUGAUGAAGAUGAUAGUGAUGAUGAUAGUGAUGAUGAUGAUGAUGAUAGUGAAGAUGAUGAUGAUGAUGAUGAUAGUGAUGAUGAUGAUGAUGAUGAUGAUGAUGAUGAAGUUUGUGGAUCAUCUAAAAGAAAAGGCUAUAAUAGUCAAAAGCAGCCUAGAAAGAGCUUUAGAAGAAGUGUUGAUUCCAAAUCCAACCACCAUAAUUCCAAACACUUCCAAACAAGUAAUAAUGGUAAAAGCUUUAUCAAAAAAGAGAAUGAGGAUGAGGAAGAAGAGAAAAUAAACAGUAAUAAUAAGAAGAAGUUUCAUUUGAAAGAAGAAGAAGUAAAUGAUGAAAAUGAAAUGAUUUUCCCAAGAAGCUUUACGUAUAGUAAUGUAAGACAAGCCAUGUCUAAGGAAACUAAGAAGGCAGUUAAAGCUGCAUGUGCAUCAAAACUACACAAUCCAUCUUUCUUGGCUGUUGUCAAACGUAUUGUGGAAGUGCCUGCUGAAUUUGUAAGAAGGCACAUGAAAUCUUGCCCAGAGAGGAUUCAACUACAGGUUAGCAAUAAUCAGAAGAAGAAAUGGGAUAUUAAGUGCUAUUAUAAGAGCAAAGAUUAUACAUUGGUGAAGAGACUAGGCAAAGGGUGGGGUUCGUUCUCAUCCAGUCAAAAGUUGAACGAAGGAGAUGUUUGUGUGUUUGAGUUGAUUCGUAAAAUCAAUGGUGUCAUCUUAAGGGUUUGGAUUUAUCGUGUGUGAAAUGUUUAGCUUUUGUUGGAAGACUUUAAUUGGUUUGUUCACAAACUCAGCUGUUGUUAGUUAUGGCUUUUGCUCUUUUUUGAACAAUGGGUUUGAAAUAUGGCAUGUAUGGUAUGAAUAUUAAUAUAGUUUAGUUAUGUUA